CCUGCCUUUUCUCAUUGUAAAUUAAACUCACUCCUCCUUCAACAAGGAAAACAUCUCAAGAAAACCCUCAAAUUUUUUUCCAAAAUUCCAAAAAAGAUCCUAAGAUUUCUCACGUUACAGGAAAAAUGUCAAUCAUGUGGUUUUCUAUUGUUGGUCUCUUUUGUAUAUUUAAUUGCGUCCAAGCCAAUGAAGAAGGAUGGAUUGAAGCUCAUGCAACUUUCUAUGGAGGUGGUGAUGCUUCCGGAACAAUGGGUGGAGCAUGCGGUUAUGGGAAUUUGUACAGCCAAGGAUAUGGUACAAACACAGCAGCAUUGAGUACAGCAAUGUUCAACAAUGGAUUGAGUUGUGGAGCUUGCUUUGAGAUUAAGUGCGUAGGUGAUUCAAGGUCAUGCCUUCCAGGUUCCAUAGUGGUCACUGCAACCAAUUUUUGCCCACCAAAUUACGCGCUACCGAACAAUGCUGGAGGUUGGUGCAAUCCUCCCCUGCACCAUUUUGACCUUGCUCAGCCUGUUUUUCAACAAAUGGCUCAGUACAGAGCUGGGAUUGUACCUGUUGCUUACAAAAGGGUACCAUGCCAGAAAAGGGGAGGCAUCAGAUUCACAAUGAAUGGCCACUCAUACUUUAAUUUGGUGCUAGUGACCAACGUGGGAGGUUCAGGAGAUGUUAAUGCAGUUUCUGUUAAAGGCUCUAGAACAGGCUGGAUAACUAUGUCACGCAAUUGGGGUCAAAAUUGGCAGAGCAAUUCAUUUCUUGAUGGUCAAAUACUCUCCUUUAAGAUCACUACUGGUGAUGGCCGCACUGUAAUCUGCAACAACGCUGUACCUGCUGGAUGGUCCUUUGGUCAAACUUACACCGGCGCCCAGUUCAACUAAUUAAUAAUUGGUGGUCUUGCUACAAAAAAUAAAUUUAUUGCAAGUGUGACAAAUUAGGAUUACUAAUUAGUGGUAUUGGGAAGGGCUUAUUUUAAAGUGGCUCCGAAGUCCGAACCAUUUUUUCUUGUUUGCUUUUCUGAAAGUAAUUAAGAUGUGAAGUCAUAAGUUUCUGCCUCUGGUCAUUUUAGGAGGAGGAUAGAAAUUGGGGCAGAGGUGGUGGAUUUUAUUGUCACCACCCGCCACAGAACUUCAUAGUAGGGGAAUACUAUUAUUUUAGUGAUAAAACCAUUUUAGUUUUUGUUCUU